AUGGACGAACCCAAUCCGUUCGAGGACCAGCCAGUUCGGAACUACGGCGCAAACACACAAGAGUCCCCGGCUGCGGAUGUUCCAGUUGACGUUUUGCCGGCGAAAGCCCCAGCUGGCUCGACCACGGCACCCUCAUAUUAUGCCUCUUGUUACCAGAUAGACUACGAAACAUUUUGUGCUCGUGUAAAGUGCGCGCUCACUCUGCGCUCACUCCGGGACACCGACGCUGAAGCCCGGAACGAGUCCGAACCCGCGGGCAAAAUGGAGCCCGACCUCUAUGGACCGGUGUGGCUUGCGGCGUGCGCAGGGCUGGCGAACUAUGCGGCGACAACGCUGGCUCGGGUUGUGAGGAGCGCAGCGCUGGGCCAAAGUCUAGCACACCCGGGCGACCGCAGACUGGUUUCCGCGCUGAUAAUCGCAUACCUGUACGCAUGGGGCACGCCGGCCGUGGUGCACCUGAUGGCACGGCUGGUGCUGAAGCUCGAGCUGCAGUGGCCGCUGGUGUCCCUGAUCACGCUUUACGGGUACUCGUUGGCCGUGUGGGUCCCGCUGGUCGCGCUCACAGGCGUGCUACGCGUAGCGCUGGCGAACGCCUUGCCGCGGGCAGCCGUGUGGGCAGCUGUAUGGAGCGUGCGGGCGCUGGGGCUGCUGCACUCCGGCGCGUUUUUCUACCGGCAGCUGUGUAGCGGCGAGGAGAGCGCGCAGUCGCGCCCGCUGCUUGUGACAUGCCUCGUGGCCGGCGCGGCGAGCGCGCAGCUGCUGAGCUGGGUUGUCCCGCACGUCUUCGCGUAG